UUUCUCACUUGAUAAUAUCACAACAGGAUCGCUAUAAGAAGACUUACUAUGAUACUAUAAAAAAGUGUUAUAUAUAUAUAUAAAGUACUUCGUGGGGAGCUUUUUGAGAAGGGUUUGUUUGAGUAAUUUGACACAUUAGUGGCGUUAAUCCAGUGGAUAAGUCUGAUUCAGUUCAGAAAUUCAGUUAAACAUCAGUGUGUGCAAAACCAACUGCAACGUUUCAACGGCUGUUCUUGCUUUGAUUUCCCCUUCCUGCUCAGAGGUGAAGAACAAUAAAUAAAGUGAGGCUGUCCACAAAACCUCACAAAGACUGAAGGAAAGAGUACAAUGUGAGUCAGCUUUGGUAUUUGUCGGUGAGUUCAUAACUGAAAAGGCCAUGAAGACGAGCUUGGCAUGCAUUCUUAUUUUCAUUCAGCUUUUUGAAGCCUCUGCAGAGUUGAUCCUCCAGCAGCUGAUGGAGAGCCAGUCUCUGGAGCUCUCCUGCUCCCCCCAGCUGGGGGCCGGCCGCCUGACGGGCCUCCACCUUUACCACCGCAGCGCCCACAGCCAGACCACCCUGCUGUCCCUGGCUGUGGGGGGGGAGCCCAGGGUCGCCCCGGGGCACAGGGGGCGUCUGCAGCUCCAUGGAGGUCUGGAGUCCCCGCAGGUUAAUGUGACCGUGUCCCAGUUACAGCGCAGCGACACUGGGCUCUACAUGUGGGAGCUGAGCUACACUGAGGACAACAGGUCGGAUCAGAUCCUCCUCAGCGCCCAUCAUGUUUUCUUGUUGGUUGAAGGGACAGGAAGGUCAUGCCAGUGCUCUCCCAGCUACCCUCCUCUGCUCUUCACCAUCUUCACAGUAGCGGGGUUUCUUCUGCUCACAAUCAGCUGGCUGGCCGUAGACAAAUGUGUGAAGGCGAGGUAUCAUCACAGACCACAACCUCCGGUUCCUAUCUAUGAGGAAAUGACCAGGAAGCAGCAGAGCGCUGAAAAUAACCCUGAGACGCCCUCACAGCGGGAGGAAGCAGACUACCCUGUGUACGCUAACCCAAACAUCCGACAACCACAGGACAACUACUACGCCUGUCCCAGACAGCUCGCCCUCAGAGCGUGACUUCUGGCACUCAUGGUGCAGCAACGAUUCACAGGAAGUGACAUCAGCUCUGUACCGCCUUUGAUAUGAGAGUGAGAGGCUUCUCCUCAUCCAGGAAGUAAGAAAAGUCUCAGUUUGGUGGAACAGCGACAAACGACAAAUAGGACGUUUUUAACAGCCAAGAAAAAAAUGCUAUUUUAUUAAUAUUUGAAAGAAGCUCCAUAGUUCAUGAAAACAUUUGUCUCGGUGCAUGUCAUUUAACAAUCACAUUCUAUGAGGAGAAAGAGAUAUACAGAGAGAAAAAAUAAAACAUUACAAGCCACUGACUUUUCAUUAAAUCUCAGUACAGACAUUUUUACUUAAUAUUUCAAAAAACAAAAACAAAAAAAGGCAAAAAAAAAAUAAAGCAGCCCUAAUCCCAUAUCCCCCACCCCACCCUAAAAAAAAAACUUUAAAACUGAGAAAACCCCUCGAGGGUGACAGGCUAGAAUCCCACAGUGCUAAAGAGUGAGACGCUCAUUGGUUUUAGGAAUACACAGCAUGGCGAUGUAGCGCUAGGUCAAUCUGAAUCAGGGGAAGGAAGCUGGAGGUGGAGGGCUAUACAUGUGUCACCUCUCCACCCCCCCUCCACCCCCUUAAAAGACAAAUACAAACACAUUGGAUCCCAAAAACCCCUGCAAUAGAUGAGCCACUUAAGAAGUAGGCCAUAAAAUCCCCAUCUUCCAACCCCCCCCCCUCCCUCCCUCCCCCACAAACACUUGUGCAUAGUUUCAUGAUCCUUUACAACCAGCUCAUGUUUUACAAACAUCCUCCAAAAUGUGAAAAAUGUUCCACAAAAGUCUGAUUUAUCUAUUAAUAAUACCCGCUGUGGGAGAAUGAGAGAAAGAGUAAUGCACAAUGUUCCUGCUUCAGUCAGGACGGGACCUCAUUAAGGAAACACAAUAAAGAUUCAAACAUACAGCAUGUUGCAUGUUAUUCACGGUCUCUCCUUCUUCUUUUUUAACAAUCAAAAUUAUUGACCUUUUUUCUUUUUAAAUGUAAAGCAAUUUAAUAUAUAGAUUUAUAUAUAAAGCACUCCAUUUUCAUUUAAAGUCCAUUAUUUGGUUAUUAUGUAACUGCUACGGAUUUAGAAACAAAAGGUAUUUUUCUCUUCUUCUGAAAUCCAUAACUUUCAGUGCUUAGAAUUGUUUCUUUUAAAUUAUCCUUUUUCAUUUUAUUUUAUUCUUUUCAUCAUAAAAAUGUACAUUAAAAUGGCGUGGAGUUGGUACUCUGGAACCCUGGCCUUCCUGAGACAAGAUCCACUUUUUCGUGUGUGUGCAAGAUAGUGAGCAAUUAUGUCUUUUUUUCUUUUCUUUUUUCUUAUAUAAAAGGAAAAUAUAUAUAAUCAACAUAAAACAUACAGGCUUCAGAUGAAACAUUAACACAGAGAAGGUGAAACAGAACGAGACAACACUGUUCGAUCCCAGAGUUCUGAAAGUAGCACAACAAAUCUUCAUUCUUUGAGGUGUUGCACUUUUCUAAAAAUUGGAAGCAUUUGUCCUUUUUUUUUCUUCUUUUUCCAACAUUCCCAUGGUUUGAUUCCUUUGUGUGGCUGAUUUUUUUUUUUUUUUUUUUUUUUGAACUCCAGAAAAAAACAAAGUGUUUGUAAACCGUCAGUGGCCUUGCAGGAAAAAACAAAUGACAACAUGAGUGAAUUGAACAUAAGUGAUAACCGAACGAAAGCGAACAAACCAAAAAGGUAGGCACCUCUGAAGUGAGCCCUAGAAGCCAAGGCUCAGUCUGAUGUCGCUCCUUCACUCUCUCCCUUGCUCAGAUUUGGGAGAGCUGAAGUCCUUCUACCCCAAUCUAUGGCCACAGGUCUGCAAAAUACUUUUUUUGCUGCAUUUUUUAUACAUAUGUGAUUUUUUUUUUCUUUUCUUGUUUAUUUUUGUAGGUUUAUAGUCCAAAAAAAUGGUGCAAUACUCAAUUAUGAUCCAUACUUUCUUGGAUUAUUCCACAAUGAAAGCCACUAAGGUAGAUAAACAUUACAUUUUGAAAAACACACUUAUUUUAGUCCUUGAGUAAACAUUUACACAUGAACUGUCCCCGUCUCCCCUCAGUACUUGUAUCAUGUUGUUCGUUUAGCUGGAUGAGGGGUGAGGCCGACACUCAGUGCAACGCUAGAGGCUAGUAACAAUUAACAUCAGAAUAUAUUUUUUGACAAGCAAAAAAAACAAAACAACAAAAGUAUACUGAAUUGAAAAGAAACACGAGGCGGAAAUUCCUCCGCUGUAAUCACGAGCUCUCACAUAUUUUCACCUCACACGCUAAACAUUCAUUCAACAUACAGUACAAGCA